UCGAUAAGACUUUGUAUAUCGGUUUUACAAUCGAUCGAGCUUCUGUUGCAGAGCAUCGAAAUAUUUCAAUUGUGCUAAGCGAUGGGGGAGAGGGAGCGGUUAGAUGUCUUGUUAUUUAAUUUUAGCUGCUUUUGACAACAAUUAAUCGAGCCACAAAUGCCAAAUCGCGCGUUUAACCUAAUGCCAACGAUUAAAUUUAGCAUACACUGCGUGAAAAUGUCCGACGAGGCUUUGGUAAGUGCAACGUGUGUACGCAAUUUGGUUACUUCACUGUUUCGCAUUUAUCUUAAAGGAAAUUUUCAAGUCAAGUUCAAACCAGAAGCAUAGCUCAAUGACUGCAAAGCCACUAGAGCAACAGCGCCAUCAGACCAAAAACAUUGCCACCGAAAAGGACGUACUGCGUCAUAUGUGUGAGCAUUGCGGUUAUAGAACUCGCAUACGCGGAAAUUUGAAAGUGCACAAACGCCGUCAUACUGGGGAGAAACCCUUUCGCUGUAACGUAUGCGAUGCUUCCUUCGCGGCGCGAUAUCAAUUGACCACACACAACGAACGCCAUAUGGACGCACAUCAGCGGCGCAGUCGCUACAUGUGCAAGGAUUGCAAUGUGGGAUUUCUCAGUGCGCGCGCUCUUUAUCAUCACAAGCCGCUCCAUGCCGAAAGUAAGCAGUAUAAGUGUGCAUUGUGUGACAAGUCCUUUGCACAGGCAGCUGGCUAUGCGCAGCACAAACGUUGGCAUCGCCAGCGUUACGGGCGAGCAACUGCCACAACCAGCUUAAAAGUGCCCGAGGCAAUCGAUGCAAAUAAUUCAAAUUAGCGCGCUAACAUGUUUGCCAACACUGACGUU